AAAGGAAUUUAUGAUGAAGCAUUAAGCAGUUUCUUUAGGAACGUCGAUACAAGAAGUGGUGGUGAUGGUCCUGAUAUUUACAGAGGAAAAAUCUGCUCUUUAAAAGCACGAGCGCUGUUGAUUGACAUGGAGGAGGGCGUGGUAAAUGAAAUUCUGCAGGGACCAUUGAGGGAUGUGUUUGAUAGCAAGCAGCUUAUCACAGAUGUUUCUGGUUCAGGAAACAACUGGGCUGUAGGUCAUAAGCUAUAUGGGUGUCAGUACCGGGAAAACAUUGUGGAAAAGCUGAGGAAAACCGCAGAACAUUGUGACUGUCUACAGUGUUUUUUUAUAAUUCAUUCUAUGGGAGGUGGGACAGGCUCUGGUCUUGGAACUUUUGUACUAAAUUUGCUUGAGGAUGAAUUCCCAGAAGUAUAUAGAUUUGUUACUUCAGUUUAUCCCUCUGGUGAAGAUGAUGUUAUUACUUCUCCAUAUAACAGUGUUCUGGCUAUGAAGGAGCUUAAUGACCAUGCCGACUGUGUGCUACCAGUAGAGAAUGAAUCUCUGUUUGAUAUAGUUAAUAAAAUUCAUCAGAUGAUCAAUUCUGGGAAGCUAGGGUCAACUGUGAAGCAAAACAGCUUGGUAACAUCAAGUGCAGGCAGUGCAAAAACAGUACAAGAGAAGCCAUUUGAUGCAAUGAAUAAUAUCGUAGCCAACUUGCUGCUGAACUUGACAAGCUCUGCUAGGUUUGAAGGCUCACUUAACAUGGAUCUUAAUGAAAUUAGCAUGAAUUUGGUUCCAUUUCCUCGACUUCAUUACUUGGUUUCAAGCUUGACUCCUCUGUAUACAUUGGCUGAUGUCAACGUACCUUCUAGAAGGUUGGAUCAGAUGUUUUCAGAUGCUUUUAGUAGAGAUCAUCAACUAAUUCAAGCUGAUCCAAAGCAUAGCCUCUAUCUUGCCUGUGCACUCCUUGUUCGAGGAAAUGUGCAGGUUUCAGACCUUCGCAGAAAUAUUGAAAGGUUGAAGCCUUCUCUGCACUUUGUCUCCUGGAAUCAAGAGGGCUGGAAAACGGGUUUGUGUUCAGUACCUCCGGUGGGCCAUUCCCAUUCCCUUCUGGCUUUAGCAAACAACACCUGUGUAAAACCAACUUUCAUUGAACUCAAAGACAGAUUUAUGAAGCUCUACAGGAAGAAGGCUCACCUUCACCAUUAUCUGCAUAUAGAUGGGAUGGAGCAAGACUGUUUUUCUGAAGCCAUACUGUCUUUGUCUGACCUAAUAGAAGAGUAUGAUGAGCUGGAUGCCACAAAAGGUGGGCCUAGAACAGAUCCACCAAGACUGAAGAUAGCUGUUUAAAGAAGGAAGAACUGAGGUUUGGUUUUUUAAAAAAAAAAAAAUUCCCCAAGCAUCCAAUCACUUCAGUUAACCAGAACGAACUGCGGCAUGCCCGGUUAUUGUCAU